AUGACAGAAGAAAUGGAUGAAAGCACUUCUGCUGUGAAAUCGACACCCGAGUUGUUCAUGAUCAAGUACGACUUGGGCGCCAAGGACAAUGAGAUCUCUGAUAUUUUCAAAUCAACAUCCCUUCGGCGGAACACGGGUGAUCGCGGGUGUCGAACGAUUCCCGCACUGGAGGUGCUCAAUCUCUCCAUUGAAGACUACGAGAAGAUCGUCGUUGGACCGGCUCAUAUCGUCUUUUUGUUAAAGGAUGGUCGAGUAUUUCGCCUGGGCUUCUGCACAAAGAAUCGAUCGGUGAGCCCAACGAGAACCGUCCCGGUAGCGGCUACUUCACACGCUGCUCCUCCACCAUUUGCGGCAAGACAUCCAAAGUAUCGGCGAGUGAUGCUGAGUAGCUCAAGACGGGAUCGGGGUGGAGUAAUUGUGGAUAGAGCUCGACCAAUGCUUCCAGCUUCUGAAGUACCCGAAGAUCUCAUUGCUCAAGCGCAAGUUGUUCUUCAAGGAAAAUCACGAGAAAUGAUCGUCCGAGAGCUACAACGAACCAACUUGAACGUGAAUGAAGCGGUGAACAACUUGCUCUCAAAGGACGAUGAUGAAGAUGAGGAAGAGGGUGGACCCGAAGUUUGCAUCCCGGAAGAGCUGUUGACCCUAUUGGACGCACAUCAGGAUUUGGAGUCGGCUUUUAUGAUAUCAAGAGCGAAUCGGAGAAGGGACAACAAUGGAGAUAAAAAAGAAAAGAAAGAAUCCGCUUCGUAUGAGGAAUUUCUCUUCGACAAUGAGGUUGAUUUCUGGCAAAGCGGAGACGAGAUUACAGAGGAUCACCAAAUGAAAUUCACUGACAUCACAGCUUGUGCCACUGAAUUGAUCGGAUUGGCUGAUGGGAAGGUGUAUGGAUGGAAAUGGAGUGAAGGAAGUGGAUCCACUCAACCACACGAGAGAGCCGUUGCUGUGACUGGGGGCGCUUCAAUCGUCAAAAUCACCUCAUCCUACCUUCGGGUGGCCGUUCUCUACGAGAAACCAUCGCGAGAAGGAAUGAUUCGAGAGAUCGCCUCAUGGAUGGACCCACAACUCUUACCCGGAAAAGUUGGAAUGGAGCUAUCGCAAUCUUUCCCACCACAACCAUUCUCAAUCGAUCGAAAAGCGCAAGGCGGUGACGUGAACUUUUUCUGCUCGGAUUUAUUCGCCGGUUUCGUCACGCAAAAUGGAUACAUUCAUUGGAGUGGAAUUGUUCCUUCCGCCGAAAAGGUUCACAAUUUCGGGAAAACUCGAUCAAAGACAAGAAAACAAUGGAGUCAGGAGGGACCAGCUGAUAACGAGAUCCAUGUUGGGGCAGAAGUUCGACCAAAAACGGCUCCAUUGUACGAGGCCGGAAGUGUGGCUGUUUUGUUGAAGGAUGGCGUUCCGAAGGUUGGUGUGCUGAUGGAAAAAGUCUGGUCAGCCACGGAAACUUGCCGUUUCCGAAUCGUCGACAAGGAAAGCUACGACUUGGACUUUAAAGACAUCGGCAAAGAGCAGACAAUAGUUACCGAAGAUGAUGGGAAUGAGCUGGAAAAUGAUCCAGAAAUGGUUGGGGAUACGAGGAAGAGGCGGGCAAACGAGAGCGAAUCGCAAACGCAAGAGCCUUGGCCGGUCAAUGACGCGGUUUUCAUCUAUGAGCAGCCACACGAGAAUGUUUGGAUCGUUGUGAUUCACGACAAAGACUCGAAACAAUGUGUUGUUGUGAAUCCCCGAGAAUCUCCUUGGAUCGACAUACCUCGAAGCGAGCUCUCUGUCUCACACCCAAGAUUCCACGAGAGCAAGCUGCAAAUUCGACAAGUCUGCCAGCUACAAGUCCGUCCAUCUUCCAUCGAACCAGCGCAAUUCUAUGACUCUCCGAAAUGCAUUGAACCAUUGCGUCUCUCCGUUAGAAUUCCGAUCUCUUAUGACAUUCUCUGCAGUGUCGUUGCUGAUGAAAAAGGCAUCCGCUGUCUUCUAUGCACUGACGGUGUCUACAACAUUGUGCGAGUGUCGGUGAAUGGCCGAGUCCUUUCCAAACAUUCACUUCCAUUCUCCUCCACCUCUGUGAUCGAAGGACAAAAGAAGUUGACUACCGAAGAGCUCCCGCAUCAACCGUCAUUAGUCAACUUUUCAAAGGACGAGGCUCUCUUCAUCCGAUCCAAACCCAAAUCAUCAAUGUUGGCAUUAAUGCGAGAUUCUGAGGGCGGAUUUGGAGCACUUGCCUCCUUCCAUCAACCGCUUUGUUUCCUGCAAUCACUUUGGAUCGAUCCAGGCAGUGGAAGCAGUGACAAGAAAACGGGAUCUGUGAUUAUUUUUGGCUUGUCUCCACCGACCGAGGGAAAUCUCUUCCAAGCUGUUUUGGACUGCGAUGUUGAGGCGGUGAAAAGGGAACUGGAGGUGUUGGCUGCAGCUUCCGAAACAAAAUGCCGUGAAAUCUUUGGAAUCUACUCGACAAAGAAGGACAACGAGUCUCCAGUUUUCAACGAUGUCGGCGGAAACAUACUUCAUGCGGCUGUUCUCUUGUCAACUUCAGCUACAAAUAGAGAUCAAGCUGAUAAAUCGGAUGAAGGUGCUGGUACCAAGAGCCCAAAAUCGCUGAUGGAUCAAAAAUGGUCGCGUUUCCUUCGCUCGUCCACCACAGAGAAACGAGUUCAGCAAUUGCAGGCGCUAGGGAUUCCGAAAGAUAAAGAUACAACUGAUGCUGGAAUUAAAUUCUUGAGCGAUGCCAAGCAACGUCAAACCAACGCUCUUGAGAUCGUGAAACUGCUUGUCGAUUUUCCAUCAAAUGGCCUCUUCGCGAACAUUUUGAAGCAAAAGGAUUGCAAUGGAUUGAACCCGUACUCUUGCGCGGUUGAAAACCGGGCCUACUCGGCGGCAAAAUCGAUCUGGGAAUCGGCUGUGAGACGAGAAAUCGAUUUAAACAUUCUCCUCGAACCACCACCAAAUUGGUUCUCUCUACCGGAACACAACAAAAGUUGGGCAUUGUUUGUGUUGAGCUACAAUGACACAUGCUCGUUUACAUGGACUGGACAAGAUCACAUCAAUCAGGACAUAUUCGAGUGUCGAACCUGUGGCUUGACGGGGACUCUUUGCUGUUGUACAGAAUGUGCUUUCACUUGCCAUCGAGGACAUGAUUGUUCUUUGAAGAGAACCAGCCCAACUGCCUAUUGUGAUUGCUGGGAGAAGUGCCCUUGUAAAGCUUUGGUUUCCGGCAACCAAGAUGCUCGAAUGUGGCUUUUGAAAGAACUCCUGAAGAAAACCGAUUGCUUCGCUUUCCCGAAUCCAAGCGGCUGCCAUAUCAUCUAUUUCUUGGCGAGAACCGUUGCUCGACAAACGACCGAACAAAUUCCCUAUAAGAAACGGAUUCCGAAAGCGAAUGAUGGAGAAAGUGAUUCCAACGUGCCAGAGCAAAAUUUGGAACCUCCGAAUUUUGCCACAAAAGCCCUGGAAGUCUGUUUGGGAAGUCUAGAUGUUGUGCAACAUUUUGUUACAGAGGUUGUGAAUGACAACUUUGAAGCCAAUGAGUUGAACGAUAUCGAGAGUGUGGCGUGGAGUCAGAGAUUAAGAAGUGAACAACUCGAUGUCACUCUGUUUCUUCUCCUAACCAAAUGCCCAGUCGACUACAUCAACACCCUGGUGGACACUCUGCAGAAAGGACUCGAUUUGAAGCAUGAUGAAGUGGCAACAGUUGUGUGCCGAAUCGUUCGCUCAAUCUUGAGAAUCUAUGUGCUUUUGUGCACACUGUCGACAACAGCUGCAAUGGUUGCUGCAAAUGGACUUUUCUCAAAGAAACAAUUCCCCGUUGUCUUUGAAGAAAAGAAAGACGAUCGCCUUACUGUGAUCAACUACAGAAGACUAAUGACCGGAGCCAAGCCCCAAGAAGUGAAGCCAGAAAUCAUAAUCGAUGCGAUGACUCGUUGCCACAAUGUUCUAAAAGCUUUCCAAUCAUUCACGAGUCUCGAAUCGGCAAGAAUGGCUGCGGCAACGAUUGGUCCAUUGCUUGUGGGAAGGGCUCGAACCAUUGUGCCGAUGAACAAUAAACUGAAAGAGAGUGAGGUGUUCAAUCAGAUUGAAUCGACACUCAUGCGGAGGACUGUGACUAAAACGAGAACACUAGAUUCACCACAAAAGGACCCCUAUCGUGAAGAGGAAACAGAGAGCGAGGAAACUGAUGACGAGAUGGACACCGAUCGAAACACUCUUCCCUCGUCGAAUCGCCUCCUUUCUACCUCCAGCAAUUUACCAGUUGACGAUCGUGCGCCUGAAGAAGAAGCACCAAGAACCUCUGGUCUCACCAGGCAUUCAAUUGUCUUAAACACUUCAAGAAGAGAUGGAAGUGCUAACUCCUACUCUAGCGACGAUGAUUCAGAAAACGAAGAUGAGAAUGAAGAUCACGAACACAAUGAAGAAGAUGAUCCAGAAGAGAUUGAGGAAGAUGGAGAACCGUUGGACGAUAUGGAAAUCCUCGAUUUCGAUGCUUUGGUUCAAGCAAGAAAUGAGAGAGACUCGCGAUCAAGUGAUGAUAGUGUGGGACAACCAAGAGGCGAUCCACCGGCACUCAAUCGAGGACAAGACGAUCAACGAAAUGAGAACUCGAAUGACAGUAAUACAAAUCAAGCUACAGUGAAUCAGGAUGAUGAACAAAUUAUGAGAGAAGAGACUGAGAGAAGGCGAAGGGAAAGAAGAGCUAGAUACAGACGUCACUAUACUUCUAGAAUCCACCAUGAACCGGUGAUCACUUCUCAUACUGUUGAAGCUACAACUGAUGACAGAAGAAGACCCCCAGCUGCACCCGGUGAUGCAACAAAUGUCGAAAUUGAGAAAAGAGACAAAAAUGAGACUAAAGAACUAUUGACAAACAAUGCAGACAGUGUUCGGCAUCUUUGCUCGGCUUUCUAUGUUCUGUCGAGGAUAGCUUUUGAAGUUGAACUGUUGAACUCGUCGAAUAGUUUGAAUGACAAUUCGAUGAAGUACAUUGAGGAAUGCUUGGCGCCUGCUUGGAACUGGUUGAGAACGGUGAUGGACGUGACUGAGGCGAAGAUCAAGCUGGCGAAACAUCGCCGAGAGGAUGUCGAAAUUCAACCGGAAAGCGCUCCCAAACACUUGAACGAAGUGCCAACAGUCUCCUCAUAUCUGAUCGAUUUGAUGCGUGGAGCAAGCGGGGAACAAGGCGAUCGUCCGCCCACUCUCGACUCAAAUCUUCUUCGCCCGUUAACCCUUGUGGCUGACGCUUUCCUCAUUCGUUGUCGCUCGCUUGACUCACUCCGCUCAUCCCUUCAUGGCACAAACGAACAACAGAAAAUUCGAACCACAUUCUUUGAGCGAAGCUUUGAUUAUUGCUAUCCAGGAAUCAUCCAGAAAGAGAACAAUUCUAUAUUUGAUGAUCCACUGAAUCUCUCAACUAAUCCAUUCCUGUUGAUGCCCGAUUUUGCAAGACCCGAUUUCUAUGAGCAUGAGAGCGCAAAAAUGACUCGAGAGGAAUGGAAAAAGUUCUACGAGGAGCGAAUGAAUUUGGAGAUUGUUGACAGUGGAGGGCAGACAAGGGAAUCGAUUUGUUUAGCCGGAAGAUCGGAGAGUGACGACUAUUGGAGUUUGAAGAGGGGAUUGGUGGUGAAACAAGAUUUGGUGAUGAGUGAAGAGCCGAUAGCGAGAAGUCCCACGGAUAUGGAUGCUGAUUCAACGCUGCGGCUGUUGGAGGUCCGCUCUGAAUCCCGCUGGCGUUACACGCUGGAGUGCUUGGCGAGAAAUUAUCACGAUGAUAUUUUCAGCAUUUGUGGACAUGAGGUCCACAAAUCCCUCUUGAUCACCGGACAUGCCAGCUACAACGCCCGAGCUCAAUUCUUCAACCAAAAGAUUUUCGAUCACCCCGGACAGGCAUCGUGUAAAGAACUUGUGCUGGAGAAACUCUCUCGGUCUCACGACAAAUUGGUGAAAGAUACAGUCUUCCAAUUGAACGCCCAGUUCACGAAACGAGCCAACCAAAAGGGAACGAUUCCACCAUUGUUCACUCACAAGGUUAAAGUCGGCUUCGAAAACGAACCAGGAGAGGGCAGUGGAGUGGCUCGAGCUUUUUAUUCAGCGUUGGCUGAAUCGUUGAUUUCCCUUCAAAAGCUUCCAUUUGACGAUCUUGGUUGGGAGAAUUCAGAGGAAUAUCUUUAUGGAGGAGCACCACCAGAAGCAAGUCCACAAAAGACAAGAGGGAUCAUUGAAUACUUCAGUAGCACAGAUCGAUCUUCGGCGCUUGAUGAGCAACCAUCCGUUGCAAGAAGGCUUCAAUUGUUACCUGGCAGGUUGCAGAGGAGCCCAAAAAAGACACCAACUACACGAAGACAACAACUAAAAUUGACGUCUGCUCUUUACACAUCACAAACGACACCAAAUGUAUUUGGUGAGCUCUCGAUGAUUGAAGGAAGAAAUCCACCGAUUGACGAAAGCUCGACGAUUAGACAACAUUUGGGGCUGGCUGAUCGGAUUUAUGCAAUGGUCGCUCAACAACACACUCGCGGCGUCGAGCGAAUUGUCGGUCUCCUUGUUGAUCUGCCCGUCUCAAUCGGAAUCCAAAUGAACAUGUUCAAGGAAAUUUUCAAGCAAUACCUCCAAGAUGCCAUCGAUUUGCUUCAAAAGAGCGGUGAUGCGUUGGAUAAGGCGAUCUUUGACAAGGGUGAACAAGAGACAACUGAGACUCCGGUGGUUCAAAGAUAUGACACAGCUCCGUUAUUCUAUCAGGUCUCCGCUGAGCAAAAAGUGUUCACACCUUGUCCGGGCAACCUCUCGCCGAUUCGUUUGAGCGCUUUCAGGAAUGUUGGACGAGUGAUCGGACUCUGCCUUGUGCAACAACAUGUCUUCCCUCUUCAUCUACCCCGCCAUGUGUGGAAAUCGAUUCUCGAUCGGCCGCACUCUUUCCACGAUUUGGCCUUCGUUGACAAAGAGCUUUACACCCGACUCCGAGAUUUGAUCAUCGAUCUGAAAGAUGUCGAAGUGAGCACAAAGAAACUGGAGGAAAUCGAUCUCUACUUCAGCUGUGCGAUCCCGAAAGAGGAAGGCGAUGGAAUUAGUCCUCAAGAAGUCGAGCUUUGUCCAGGCGGGAAAGAUAUUCGAGUGACUCGAGCGAAUCUUCUCGAAUACGUGCACGAGCUUGUCAAACAUCGGUUACAUCGAGGAGAGCUCACACAGUGUUAUCAAUCAAUCCGACAAGGAAUCAAUGAUGCCAUUCCCCCGGGUUUCAUGGAUCAUCUCAGUCCCGAGGAUCUCGUUUUGUUGGUGAAUGGCGUUGCUGAGAUCAAUCUCGAGCGCUUGAAAAAGCUGACUAACUUCCAAGAGGAAUGCCGAAUUUCUGAGGUUGAGAUCAACAAGUUGAGUCGAUGGUUCUGGGAAACUGUGGACAAGUUCACGGACAAGGAAAAACAAGAGUUGGUCUUCUUCUGGACUGGCUCUGCCACAUUGCCGGCUCUCGACGAGAUGUUCGUCCCAAGGCCAACAGUCGUGAUUCGAAGUCUCUCCGAUGCUCACCUCCCUUCUGCCAACACUUGCAUCUCUCGAAUCUAUCUUCCACAAUAUUCAUCGAAAAAGAUUUUGGCCUCAAAGCUAAGAAGUGCUAUUCAACUUUCUCAAAUGUCUCACGUGAUCGGCGUCUUGGCUCUUUGCACGGCCACCGCUUUCGCCGAUCAGCCGAAUCAACCGCGCACUGUGCGUAGUGCAAAUGUUCUUGUUGAUGACACAUCCAAUGUUAUCAAAGACAUCAUCAACAGCGUCCAUCCGAUCGUACUAGUCGUGAUCGGGCUUUUGAUUGCAGCUGGGUGUGCUUUCGAGCUUGCAUACGGCAGUCGAGGCUCUGCUGGUCGAACGGUUACGCAUGUCGCGAGUCGAAACAACAUCAAGAAUGCGGUCACCGUUGCCGCU